CCUAUGCAAUUUUAAAGUGAUCUUAUGAUUUUCUCUAUCUAGGAGUCCUUGCUUUGUGGCGGCAACUGGGAUAGUCAUAUUAACAGCGCUCUUUUUGAAUUCAGAAUGAAAAUGUUGAAGUAACUAAUUCGUUGCUUAUGGUUGUUGUUCGAUCCUUAAUCCACAGAUUGAAUGGCUGGAUGAAAAGAACUGCUUUCAAGGGAUUGCUGCUGCCAUUGCAAACUUUUAUGCCAUGCAUCCCCCUCUGCUGCCGAACCCAUCGGGUGAUGGUAUGCACUUCUACAAGAGAAAAGCCACAGACAAUCGUGAUGACGAAGGAAAUACCAUUGAGAAAGGUACGCCUUAUAUAAUGGUUUACCAGUUUUGGAGUUGGAGCAACUGGCAUGAUUACUAUCAUGUUCUACAAGUCACUUUUUGGAUUCUGCAUGAUUUCUUAGUUCCAGACUUCCAGCCGGAGCUAUUUGUUAGGUUUAGAGCAUGCAAGUUACUUGCCACGUUAAGCAAAUAUAGUAGGAAACUUGGAGAUUGGUGAAUCAAAGAAAGAACAAGGAUGCUUGUCUGAACGGUGACAGUCUAGGAGACUGUAUUGCGACAAGAAUAGUAAUGUAAGAUCUAGGAUGAAACAAAAGAUAUUAGCUUUCAUGAGCAAGCAUGCUUGCAUCCUUAAUCAUGUGAAAUUCCUGGAAAACAGGCUAUCGGGGGUAGUAUUAGUAAACCGUCAUUUCAAAUUCAUAUAGAUUUGAUUUUCGUGGGGAGGGGGCCUGAAAUCAAAUUGUUUACCAGUGCCGACAAAUAGCCCUAAUAUUUAACGUAUAUCCAGGACGUGAGUUCUUAGGAUGGCAAGCUUAUUGUAUAUGCAAGUAACACUAUCAGUAAUCACCUGAUCUUGCUGAUAAGUGAUCGGCCUUUCAUGACUUUCUCCUACACAUCGUCCCUAUUGUUCUAUUCCUUACAAGCUCCUGUACAGUUUUUAUAUUUAAGAAUACCCAGCAUUGUGAAUGAAAUAAGACAGGCAUGCCCCUUUUGACAUUUUGCAGCGGAUAUACAAGUGGAGGAGAAGGACGAAAUCGACAAUGACCUGAUCUCAGAGGCAGAGACUGCGUGGGCACAGCGUGAAUGGUCGAUCCAGCACGUCUUGUUUCCAUCAAUGAGAUUGUUUCUGAAGCCGCCAGCUUCCAUGGCCACCAAUGGAACGUUUGUAAAGGUUGCUUCCCUGGAGAAGCUCUACAAGGUUUUCGAAAGAUGCUGAUGAAGAAAGUCAGUUUGUUCAGCUGUUCGUCAUUCGUCCAUCAGACGGUUUUGCUAAGAAGUCUGGAGGUUGCUAAUCAGCAUAAGAGAGAAGACAAGGAUCAAAAUGUCGUCCCAAUUCCCCUCUGGCAUCUUAUUAGAAUGUAGAAUGAGCUGGUUCUCAAAGUACAUCCAUACUCCUAGACUUCUCAAGCAAGCUACUGGGUAUCAACGUGGACUGUGAAAGCAAACUGUCAAAAAUCUUAGCUCGAUCUUGAUUGAUCUUUUUCUCCUGAUAUGCGAAACCAUAUCGGGCGUUGUACAUAUCAAGUUAGCGUUGUACAUAUCAAGUGUAAUAGUAUUUAGCAAUAUAAUUGUCGUUUAACUGGUAGUGUACCCAUAUAAUAUUAUUGUUAAAUAUAAUUAAAAUAAUUUGGAAAACAUAAGAUAUCUAAUUGACAAUAUAGCAUUGUACAAGAC